AUGUCGGCGGCGCCCAAGUACGCAUGCGACGUGUGCGCGAAGCCGCUCGUGAAGAGCACGGCUUAUAUUCGCGGCCACGGCGGGCCCUUGUCUCUCGAUUGGCAGGGGCACCGGCCUGUCAUCUGCCUGGGGCACUUCGAGGUCGACGGCGACGGCGAGAAGCCCUCGGAGAAGGAUUGGAGGAGGAUGUGCAAGGCGCGUUGGCUGGAGCUCGAGGGGCACAUCGAGGAGAGCAACAAGCGAGCCAGGGUCAAAGACUUUGCAGACAUUGAGAAGUCGAUCCUCAAGGACUACCCAGAUCUGUCUAGGGCCGAGCACCGCAAGCAGAUCUUGUUCUGCAUCCAGGAGGUGGGGCGGCGCGUGGCCGUGGGAGUCAUCAGCGCCUCCCCAGAGAAGCGCCGGAUGUACGAACAGGCCUUCAAGGAGUUCGACGAGGAGUGGCAGAAGAGGGUGGCUGACCCCGAGUUCGCGCCGCCCGCGCGGGCGUUCAAACUGUCGGACCACGCGGUGCAGUGGGCCCACGAGAUCGUGGAGGGGGUUUCGGAGUUCUUCAUUUGCCGGCACCGGGAUUGCGGCCUGGUUGCCAGGAACACCGAUUGGAUGAUCAAGGACGCGGAGCACUACGGGUGCGUCGGGUGUCUGAGACAGUACCAGCCGUGGAAGCAGGGGGGCAACUUAGUGAAGGCCAACAAGAUCCUCGUCGUCGACCUCGAGGACAGCGAGGCUGGUGACGCGCAGCAGGCGGUGGACGUUGGAGCCAACUUGGCAGAGUCUGCCGGCGGCCAGCGGUUCUUGCUGCACCCCUUCGAGUGGCCGGACACCACCGUCACCAACCUCAUCAAUAAGAUGAAGGAGGUCACGGCGAGCUUGGACGCGGUGCUCGACGACGUGCCCGAGAAGGAGCAGUGGAAGCACGUCUGCCACGAGCUCCAGGCCAAGGCGGCGCCGGGCCUCAUGACCCACAAGACGUUGCCCCAUCAGAAGAUCAAGGAGAUCUGGGAGAAGAACGCGCAGAUGAACUCGCCCUGGCGCUUCGACCACAUCGCGGACAGCGAGUAUUAUGCCUUCAGUUUGCAGGACCACGCCGUGCAGAACCUUGACAACCCCCUGAGCCAGCACGAGGUUUUGUCCAUCUUCGCGCGGAGCAAGUGGCUCCUGCACCAGUUCCCGUCUCGCUUGUGA